ACCGCUGUCAUGAGGGUGGGGCUUCAUAUAAGAUCGGAGACACCUGGAAGAGACCCCACGAAACAGGAGGCUACGUGUUGGAGUGUGUGUGUCUGGGUAAUGGGAAGGGAGAGUGGACCUGCAAACCUGUGGCGGAGCGUUGUUAUGACAACUUGGCGGGAACCUCCUAUGUUGUCGGGGAGACUUGGGAGAAGCCAUACCAGGGAUGGAUGGUGGUGGACUGCACCUGUUUGGGAGAGGGAAGUGGACGCACCACAUGCACCUCCAGAAAUCGCUGUAACGACCUGGAUACUGUGACCUCUUACCGUAUUGGGGAUACCUGGACAAAGACAGACGCCCGAGGCCACUCACUCCAGUGUCUGUGCACUGGGAACGGACGAGGGGAGUGGAAGUGUGAGCGAUAUGCUUCACUUCACACCACUGGCCUGGGUACUGGCUCUCGUGUGAUCACUAACAUCCAGCCUGCAGUCUACCAACCUACCAGUGUUUCUGAGGUUCCCCAGGAAGGACCCUGUCGAACGGAUGCAGGACUUUCUUACUUCAUUGGCCAACGCUGGAUGAAGAACCAGGGAGCCAAGCAGUUGAUCUGUACCUGUCUUGGGAAUGGAAUCAGCUGUGUGCAGUGGGAUGGACCUUCUCCAGUGUAUGGUGGCAACUCCGGAGGUCAGCCCUGUGUGUUUCCCUUUGUCUACAAGGGCAAUACCUACCACUCCUGUAUCUCUGAUGGGCGCAGUGAUGGACAGCUCUGGUGUUCCACCUCUUCUGACUAUGAGACAGAACAGAAAUAUUCUUUCUGUACUGAGAAAAAUGUAAUGGUGGUGACACGAGGCGGUAAUUCAAAUGGUGCUCUGUGCCAGUUCCCCUACCUCUAUAAUGGAAGAAACUACACGGACUGUACUGCUGAUGGACGUAGAGACGGCAUGAAGUGGUGUGGCACAACAACAGACUAUGAUGCAGAACAUCGCUUUGGCUUCUGUCCUAUGGCUGCCCAUGAAGAAGUGUGUACAACCAAUGAAGGGGUGAUGUACCGUGUGGGAGACCAGUGGGACAAACGGCACGAAGUUCUGGGUCACAUGAUGCGUUGUACAUGCGUCGGCAAUGGCAGAGGAGAAUGGAGUUGUGUUGCUUACUCCCAACUUAAAGACCAGUGUGUUGUAGAUAGUUUGACCUAUGAGGUGAACCAAACCUUCACCAAACAACACGAGGAGGGUUACACCAUGAACUGCACUUGCUUUGGACAGGGACGUGGGCGCUGGAAGUGUGAUGCCAUCGAUCAGUGCCAGGAACCGGAGACGAGAGCCUUCUAUAAGAUCGGAGAGUCUUGGGAUAAAGUCAUCCAAGGAGUCCUGUACAAGUGCUACUGCUAUGGCAACGGCAUCGGAGAGCUCAGCUGCGAGCCCCAGCAGUCCUACCCCGGUGGUACCCGUCCUGUCCAGGUGAUCAUAACUGAGUCUGGCAACCAACCCAACUCCCACCCUAUUCAGUGGAACGCCCCACAGUCUGCCCACAUCACCCAGUACAUCCUCAAAUGGAAAGUGAAAAACACUAAUAACCCAUGGAGAGAGGUGCUGAUCCCCGGCCACCUGAACUCCUACACCAUCUCAGGGCUGAAGUCGGGCAUCACCUACGAGGGUCAACUGAUCAGUGUGCUGCGGUUUGGACGCCGAGAAAUCACCCGCUUUGACUUCACCACCAAUUAUGGAUCAUUGGCGACAUCAGAAGGCGAGACCGACCUGCUUCCGGCUGAGAUUGACACCUCAGAGUCGGUGACUGAAAUUACCUCCAGCAGCUUUGUCAUCUCCUGGGUUUCCGCCUCCGACACGGUGUCUGGUUUUAGAGUGGAGUAUGAGCUCAGUGAGGAGGGACGGGCGACUGGGGAACCCCUGGUGCUAGACCUGCCCCACACGGCUACCUCAGUGAACAUUAAUGAGCUUCUGCCUGGGAGGAAGUACACUGUUAACGUCUAUGAGGUUACAGGAACCGGAGAUGACAACCUCAUUCUCUCUACUACACAAACCACAGCACCUGAUGCUCCUGUUGAUCAUGAAGUGGAUGCGGUGGGAGAAACUUCCAUCAAGAUCAGCUGGGAAAAACCAGUGGCUCCAAUCACUGGCUAUCGUGUGGUCUACACGCCUUCACUAGAAGGUGAAAGCACUGAACUGACUCUCCCUGACACGGCAACAUCUGUGACACUGAGUGACCUCCUACCUGGGAAGCUGUACAACAUCAGUAUCUACUCUGUGGAAGACAGCCUGGAGAGCAAGCCUCUCUUUGUACAGGUCAACACCGCUGGAAAUCCACUGCCUGAGGUUCCUUCUCCUACAGACCUGCAGUUCUUCGAGGUGACGGACAACAAAAUAGUUCUGACCUGGACCGGCCCAACCGGCUCCAUCUCUGAUUACCGGGUUACCGCUCUCCCUGUGGAGGAGGGACACGAUUCGAUUUCGAUGCUGAUAACUCUUCCUGUAACACAACACGCCUACAUGGAAGUUACUAACCUAGUUCCAGGAAAACUGCACCGCUUCAGUGUCUACACCCUUCAAGGCAGAGAGGAGAGUCUACCACUUAUUGGGGAGCAAACCACUAAGCCUGAAGCUCCGAGAUAUAUCCGUUUCACCGAGGUGACUGAGGACAAUGCUGUGAUGAUGUGGUCCGCCCCUCAUGGUAAAAUCUCCGGCUACCGCCUCUUCCUCACUGUGGAGGGCUCCAACCCCAAGCAGCUGCGCCUGCCCGCCCGCCUCUCUCAGUACACCCUCCUGAACCUGAGGCCUGCUACCAAGUACACUGCUACAUUACAUUCAGAGCAGGACAACACACUGAGUAGAGGAGAGAGCGCUGUGUUUACCACCAAACUGCCUGGUACGAAGUACACUGGGAACGUCUUUGAGGUUACAGAUAAAGCCCCUGAUGCUCCUGCUGAUUAUGAAGUGGGCACGGUGGGAGAAACUUCCAUCAUGAUCAGCUGGGAAAAACCAGUGGCUCCAAUCACUGGCUAUCGUGUGGUCUACACGCCUUCACUAGAAGGUGAAAGCACUGAACUGACUCUCCCUGACACGGCAACAUCUGUGACACUGAGUGACCUCCUACCUGGGAAGCUGUACAACAUCAGUAUCUACUCUGUGGAGGACAGCCUGGAGAGCGAACCUCUCUUUGUACAGGUCAACACUGCUGGAAAUCCACUGCCUGGUAAAAGACUGUUGUUAAGAAAAGCUUAA